UGCCACUUUGUCUGCUUUUAUACUUGUUCCCUCGUUUGUUCCACAUGUUUCGACAAAACCUGUAUCAUCAUCAUCUCGUGCUUUUAUUUUUUCUCACUAGAAACAUGUUUUGCUGUCUCAGGUUCGUAACAGCAUCUUUACUUUAAUAACUGUCUCCAACUCAUUUCCAUCAGAACGCGAGACUUCCUGCUGCGUGUCACAGUAAACUAAAGCGAACAGGUGCAGUGUUCACUCUAAAUGGAGCAGCGGUGACGUCACCUGUCCAGCGUCUCAUCCGUGCGCUACCGUUCGUUGCUAAGAGCCUCGACGUGACGCUCGUCGUGCGCUGAUGUAAAUAAGAGAGUCGUUACUUUGACGGUGAUGGUAGCGUCCAUACGUUCAUCGCCGCACUAAUUUAUGCGGCCAAGCCCAAAGUCUCGCGGUGCUUCCAUUCAGACAUCUUGCAUUUUAUUAAGUCUGGCUUUCGGCUUUUCUUCUUUGAAUACACUUAAAUUUGAGCCGAAUCGCGUCUUCGUCCGUUUUUCCUGAAGCUCAUCUCGCCCCACGUUGACGGCGUGAGACGCCUGACCGAGCUCCGCGGACUUUCGCAGCCUCUCCCGGGAGCUGUCUGCUCGUAUUGUGCGUCAUCUCCAUCGCUGCCGUCUCGUUAUUUUGCUCCGUGGAGGCAACAUGGCAACCCCCGCCGCCGUUAACCCGUCCGAGCUGGGCAGUGAAUUGCCAGGCACCGUAGCGAUGCCCGGAGCGGUCGGUGCCAGCCAGGUGAGGAUGGGGGGAGCCGUGCCGGGCCGCGGAGGCAAGCGACGGUCCGGAGGAAUGGACUUCGACGAUGAGGACGGGGAGGGUCCCAGCAAAUUCUCAAGAGAAAACCACAGUGAGAUCGAACGCCGGCGCCGGAACAAAAUGACCCAGUACAUCACCGAGCUGUCGGACAUGGUGCCCACCUGCAGCGCCUUGGCCCGGAAACCCGAUAAGCUGACCAUCCUGCGCAUGGCUGUGUCCCACAUGAAGUCGAUGCGAGGCACCGGCAACACUUCCACCGACGGCGCCUAUAAACCGUCUUUUCUGACUGAACAGGAACUAAAGCAUCUGAUCCUGGAGGCGGCCGACGGCUUCCUGUUCGUGGUCGCUGCCGAGACGGGCCGUGUGAUCUACGUGUCUGACUCUGUGACGCCGGUGCUCAACCAUCCCCAGUCCGAGUGGUUCGGCAGCACUCUGUACGAACAGGUGCACCCUGAUGACGUGGACAAGCUGAGGGAGCAGCUCAGCACCUCGGAAAAUUCAAUGACAGGACGAAUUCUGGACUUGAAGACAGGAACGGUGAAGAAGGAGGGGCAGCAGUCUUCCAUGAGGAUGUGCAUGGGCUCCCGGCGCUCGUUCAUUUGCCGGAUGAGGUGUGGCAGCGCUCCACUGGACCACAUCUCCAUGAACCGUCUGUCCAACAUGAGGAAGAGAUACAGGAAUGGCCUGGGACCCUCAAAGGAAGGAGAGGCUCAGUACUCUGUGGUGCACUGCACCGGCUACAUCAAGGCCUGGCCCCCUGCAGGCAUGACCAUUCCAGAAGAAGACACAGAGGCCAGUCAGGCCAGUAAAUACUGCCUGGUGGCCAUCGGCCGCCUGCAGGUGACCAGCUCUCCCGUCUCCAUGGACAUGAACGGCCUGUCGGUCCCCACAGAGUUCCUGUCGCGCCACAACUCGGACGGCGUCAUCACGUUCGUUGACCCGCGCUGCAUCAACGUCAUUGGUUACCAGCCCCAGGACCUACUGGGAAAGGACAUUCUGGAGUUCUGCCACCCUGAGGACCAGAGUCACCUGAGAGAGAGCUUCCAACAGGUGGUUAAACUGAAAGGUCAGGUUCUGUCUGUGAUGUAUCGUUUCCGAGUGAAGAACAGAGAGUGGAUGCUGAUCCGAACCAGCAGCUUCACCUUCCAGAACCCGUACUCUGAUGAGAUCGAGUACAUCAUCUGCACCAACACGAAUGUCAAGCAGCUGCAGCAGCAGCAACAGGCGGAGCUGGAGGUUCAUCAGAGAGACGGCCUUACUGCCUAUGACCUGUCCCAGGUGCCUGUGGCCAGCGUGAGCACUGGGGUCCAUGACACAGGGAAGAACAUCGACAAAAGUGAAGCCCUGUUCUCCCAGGAGAGAGACCCGCGCUUUGCUGAGAUGUACACCGGCAUCUCCGGCUCGGGAGAUAAGAAGAUGAUGGUUCCCUCCUCUACAACUGGUGGCCAGCAGCUCUACUCCCAGAGUUCUCCCUUCCCACAGGGACACUCUGGUAAAAGCUUCAGCUCUUCUGUGAUCCAUGUCCCCGGUGUGAAUGACAUCCAGCCAUCAGGCUCAUCCAAUCAGAACCUAGCUCAGAUCUCCAGACAGCUCAACACAGGCCAGGUGGCGUGGUCAGGGAGCCGCCCGCCCUUCUCUGGACAGUCCAAUAAAGCCCAGUCCAGUCCGUUUGGCAUCGGUUCAAGCCACAGCUACCAGACUGACCCAGCCUCCUACAGCCCCCUGUCAUCCCCCGCAACGUCCUCACCGAGCAACAACGCCUACUCAGGGCUGACGAACCGCAGCACAGCCUUUGAUGUGUCUGGUGAGAGCAGUCAAAGUGGAGCCCAGUUCCCGGGUCGUCCCAGUGAGGUGUGGUCCCAGUGGCAAAACCAGCAUCAUUCCCAGCAGGCCGGGGAACAGCACACACACCCCAACCCCAACCAGACAGAAGUCUUCCAGGACAUGUUGCCCAUGGCUGGAGAUCCCACCCAGGGAACUGCCAACUACAACAUCGAGGACUUCGCUGACCUCGGCAUGUUCCCCCCCUUCUCCGAGUAAAGCUCCUGCCACGUCUUCAUUCACCGCUCAUGUUCUAUACCAUUGUUCUAUGUUGCCGGAUAACGAACACAGCUGAUGCAGCGCGGUGGACAAACAGGCAUUCACAUACCUCAUCACCACAAAGGAGAGCCUCAGUGUCAGUUGCAGCCGAGGCUCUUUGACCACUGCAGUCGGCAGCAGGAGAAAACACGAGCAUCUAGUCUAAAAGCUCCCCCAGGCACAGCGUGGGGGAACACACAGCUGCGGAUGGGGUUCUAAAGGUCACCGUCCUUUACCGUGCUCCUGUGCUGACUGUAGCUUUAGUCGACGCCACCGAGCCCCAGCUCCACCACAAACACACAGACGCGCUGCUGCAGCCUCCUGCAAACCAUCAGUGACUCUGCCAACAGCAGCAGGAGAGAAGAGACUCCCCUCUGCCGUCCAUCAACUGUAACGUGUAACUAUAUGUAGUGACGUCCGCAACUCUAGAGAAAAGCCCGAGUGUUGAAGGAUUCAGUGUAAAUGAAAGAAAAUUCAAAAGAAAAAAGUCAUUGCAGAAAAACGCUAAGCUACAAGGCUAAAGUGCACUUCAUUGAGCUAACCGCUAAUCUCACCAGCCUGCUUUAAAAGGGAAAAACCGCCAUAACGUCCAAGCAAAACGCAGUAUUUACUUUGUGCACUCGUUGUUCUCCAGCUCUUGCUACUUGACUUUAUGACUUUCUAAACUUUUCAACUAUUAAGAGACUGAAUAAUCCUUUCUAGUGGGGUGAUUUUACAUGAUAGACUGCAUAAUAAUAUGAACGGCCGGUGGGACGCAGUCCUUUUGCUAAUGAUCUCAAAUCAAUGUUUUUUGUAAAUAAUGUGAUUUUUAUGUCGGCUUGUGUUACUUUCACCUGUUUUGUGUAGCUUUGAAUGAUAUCUUGUGCAAUGUGGGUAUUUUAGUCUGUUAAUUGUACAUUGAGUUCUAGACUUGUACAAAUUGUGUAAAUGUGACCUGUUAUUUUUGUGUAACUAAUUGUGGUUGUGACAAUAAAUUCUUCUUGGUAA